AUGCAGCCCGCACCGCCCUCGCAGGUACGCCAGAACUACCACCCAGAGUGUGAGGCCAUGGUCAACAGCCACGCCAACCUGGAGCUCCACGCCUCCUUCCAGUGCCUGGCAGUGGCCUUCUACCUCGAUCGUGAUGAUGUGGCCUUAACGCACUUCUCCUGCUUCUUCCUGCUCCACUCCCAUGAGCAUAACAAGAGGGCUGAGAGCCUGAUGUUCCUGCAGAACCAGCGCGGGGGCCAUGUCUCCUUCCAGAACAUCAGGAAGCCAGAGACCCAAGAGUGGGAGAGUGGUCUCAAAGCCAUGCAAGAUGCUCUGAACGUAGAGGAGCACAUCAACCAAAGCCUGCUCGACCUGCACCAGCUGGCCACCGAAAAGCGCGACCCCCACCUGUGCCACUUCCUGGAGACCGGCUACCUGGACCAGCAGGCGGAGUUCAUCAAGGAGCUGGCGGGCCAUGUCAGCAUCCUGAGUAAGAUGGGGUCCCCGGAAGACGGCCUGGCAGAGUACCUCUUUGACAAGCUUACCCUGGGUGAUGGUGACAAGAAAAACUGA